AGUCAUUAGCGGACGACCCUAUUGUGACAAACUAUGCUUUAAAAUGUAAACUGUGCGGAUAUUUUCCUUGUGUUGUCCAGAAGGAUCUUUGUCUUGCGUGAUCCUGGAUCAAUCAUGAGAGAGCUCGUCAACAUUCCACUGGUACAUAUCCUGACUCUGGUUGCCUUCAGUGGGACGGAGAAGCUUCCCAAAGCACCUGUCAUCACCACUCCUCUUGAAACCGUGGAUGCCUUAGUUGAAGAAGUGGCUACUUUCAUGUGUGCAGUGGAAUCCUACCCCCAGCCUGAGAUUUCCUGGACUAGAAAUAAAAUUCUCAUUAAGCUCUUCGACACCCGGUACAGCAUUCGGGAGAAUGGGCAACUCCUCACCAUCCUGAGUGUGGAAGACAGUGAUGACGGCAUUUAUUGCUGCACAGCCAACAAUGGCGUGGGCGGAGCUGCGGAGAGUUGUGGAGCUCUGCAAGUGAAGAUGAAACCUAAAAUAACUCGUCCUCCCAUUAAUGUAAAAAUUAUAGAAGGAUUAAAGGCAGUUCUACCGUGUACCACAAUGGGCAACCCCAAGCCCUCGGUGUCUUGGAUCAAAGGGGACAAUGCCCUCAGGGAAAAUUCCCGCAUUGCCGUCCUUGAAUCUGGGAGCUUACGGAUCCAUAAUGUUCAAAAAGAAGAUGCAGGACAGUAUCGGUGUGUGGCAAAGAACAGCCUCGGGACAGCAUAUUCCAAACUGGUGAAGCUGGAAGUGGAGGUUUUUGCCAGAAUCCUGCGGGCUCCUGAAUCUCACAAUGCCACCUUUGGCUCCCUUGUGACCCUGCGCUGUACAGCAACAGGCAUCCCAGUGCCCACAAUCACCUGGAUGGAAAAUGGAAAUGCUGUUUCUUCUGGAUCCAUUCAAGAAAGUGUGAAAGAUCGAGUGAUUGACUCCAGACUGCAGCUGUUUAUCACCAAGCCAGGACUCUACACUUGUAUAGCUACCAACAAGCAUGGCGAGAAGUUCAGCACUGCAAAGGCAGCAGCCACCAUCAGCAUAGCAGAAUGGAGUAAACCACAGAAAGAUAACCAAGGCUACUGCGCCCAGUACAGAGGGGAGGUGUGUCAUGCAGUCCUGGCAAAAGACGCGCUUGUUUUUUUCAACACCUCCUACGCAGACCCUGAGGAAGCCCAAGAGCUACUGGUUCACACAGCCUGGAAUGAACUGAAAGCUGUGAGCCCACUCUGCCGGCCGGCUGCUGAGGCUUUGUUAUGUAACUACAUCUUCCAAGAGUGCAACCCCGGAAUUGUACCUACUCCUACCCCUAUAUGCAGAGAGUACUGUGUGGCCGUGAAGGAGCUUUUCUGUGCAAGAGAAUGGCUGGCAAUGGAAGAAAAGACCCUCGGAGGACUCUUCAGAUUCGGGAUGCAGUUGCUCCUGGAGCCAGACUGCAGCAAGCUUCCCAGCAUGCACUGGGACCCCAAGGCCUGUACCCGACUGCCAUAUUUAGAUUAUAAAAAAGAAAACCUAACAACAUUCCCAUCCAUGACCUCCUCAAAGCCAAGUGUGGACAUUCCAAAUCUGCCUUCUUCCUCCUCCUCUUCCUUCUCUGCCUCACCUACCUACUCCAUGACUGUGAUCAUCUCCAUCAUGUCCAGCUUUGCCAUAUUUGGGCUUCUCACCAUAAGCACUCUCUAUUGCUGCAGAAGAAGAAAAGAAUGGAAGAAUAAAAAGAGGGAAACAGCAGCAGUAACCCUUACCACGCUGCCUUCUGAGCUCUUGCUAGACAGGCUUCAUCCCAACCCCAUGUAUCAGAGGAUGCCACUCCUGCUGAAUCCAAAACUACUCAGCCUGGAGUAUCCGAGGAACAACAUUGAAUAUGUGAGAGACAUCGGAGAGGGGGCAUUUGGAAGGGUCUUUCAAGCAAGGGCCCCGGGGUUACUUCCCUAUGAACCUUUCACUAUGGUAGCAGUAAAGAUGCUCAAAGAAGAAGCCUCGGCAGACAUGCAGGCAGACUUUCAGAGGGAGGCGGCCCUCAUGGCGGAAUUUGACAACCCUAACAUUGUGAAACUCUUAGGUGUGUGCGCCGUGGGGAAGCCUAUGUGCCUGCUCUUCGAAUACAUGGCCUAUGGUGACCUCAACGAGUUCCUGCGCAGCAUGUCGCCUCACACGGUGUGCAGCCUCAGCCACAGCGACCUGGUCACGGGAGCUCAGGUCUCCAGCCCUGGACCACCACCCCUCUCGUGCGCCGAGCAGCUCUGCAUCGCUAGGCAGGUGGCAGCCGGCAUGGCUUACCUCUCAGAGCGCAAGUUUGUCCACCGGGAUUUGGCCACCAGGAACUGCCUGGUGGGUGAGAACAUGGUGGUGAAAAUUGCAGACUUUGGCCUCUCCAGGAACAUCUACUCCGCAGACUACUACAAAGCGAAUGAAAAUGAUGCAAUUCCUAUCCGUUGGAUGCCUCCAGAGUCCAUUUUCUACAACCGCUACACGACUGAGUCUGAUGUGUGGGCCUAUGGUGUGGUUCUCUGGGAGAUUUUCUCCUAUGGCCUGCAACCCUAUUAUGGAAUGGCCCAUGAGGAGGUCAUUUACUACGUGCGAGAUGGCAACAUCCUCUCCUGCCCAGAGAACUGCCCCCUGGAGCUGUACAACCUGAUGCGCCUGUGUUGGAGCAGGCUCCCGUCUGACAGACCCAGUUUCGCUAGCAUUCACAGAAUUCUGGAGCGGAUGUGCGAGAGGGCAGAGGGCGCUGUGAGAGUCUAAGACCGAAUGGGUUAAAAUUAAAGGUGGUAGUUUCUCUCAGAUGGUGAGCCCGAAGGAUCCCACGCGGAAGGUCCAACAAGACCCAGAGAGGAGAGCGAAACAGCAGAUAGCCUGUAGUUUGCUUCCCAUUGCAAAUAAACAACGAUGCAGAACCCACGUGGUAGUCUGACCCACUGAAAUCGGUGAUUGGAACCACUGGGGCUAGGAAGUGUGCCAGAUAACGGGAGAUGGGCUUCUUCCUCACGGGAAAGGUUUGUAACCCGCAGGGGAUAGGGAGGAGCACCACCGGUCCAGUUCCUGCAUCAGCUGGCAGCAGCGUGAAGCGCUCAUGUGUUCAGUUUUAAGAUAAAAUGGAGCUCAGAGCCUCAUUUCAAUCUCGUCAAUUCCUGUCUGUUGUAAAAGUGGUGCAUCUUUGUGUAUAUUUCAUGCAUACUUCAAAUAAAGUACAGAACACUGAAAAGAAAAUGAAAACAUUCAUUUACUCACCACCCAAAGAUGGGUAUUUGGGUGAAUGUUGAAUUUCUUGUGUUUAAUACAUGCUUUUAUAAUUAUUUGUUUUCUACAGAGUUGUAGUUAUGCUUUAUGGACAGGCCAUUUCUAAGGAAUAGAAAGAGAGCUUGGAAUGCCCAGUUUUAAAUGUAAUUUUUAGUUUCUUCUCCUGUUUGUGCUUUUCCCUUUAUAUAAUUAUUGUGAAUCUAAUCUG